AUGAAAGAAAGGGGGAGCUCUUAUCCCAUUGAAGCCCGGCUGCUGAAUGAGCUCACUGGCUCUGACCGGAGUCACACGUUCACCUUGCUCACCGAGUGCUGGGAGCACCGGACGGGCAGCGCCCGCAGCGAGGGCUAUUACCCCAUCAGCCGGUGCGAGAAGGUGCGGUACCUGCACCCCUGCCCUGCCCCCCAGCCCGACCCCGACACGCCCCCCGACACACAGGGCCCGAACCGGGUGCUGUCGGAGCGGCGCUCGGAGCAGCGGCGGUUCCUCAGUGCCAUCGGCUCGGCCGCGCUGCCCGACAGCGACCUGCUCAAGCUCAACCAGCUCAAGUUCCGGAAGAAGCGGCUGCGGUUCGGGCGGAGCCGCAUCCACGAGUGGGGGCUCUUUGCCAUGGAGCCCAUCGCGGCCGACGAGAUGGUCAUCGAGUACGUGGGGCAGAACAUCCGCCAGGUGGUGGCGGACAUGCGUGAGAAGCGCUACGCCCAGGAGGGCAUCGGCAGCAGUUACCUGUUCCGCGUCGACCACGACACCAUCAUCGAUGCCACCAAGUGCGGGAACCUGGCACGGUUCAUCAACCACUGCUGCACGCCCAACUGCUACGCCAAGGUGAUCACCAUCGAGGCGCAGAAGAAGAUCGUCAUCUACUCGAAGCAGGCGAUCGGCGUCAACGAGGAGAUCACCUACGACUACAAGUUCCCCAUUGAGGACACCAAGAUCCCGUGCCUGCGCCGCACCGAGAGCUGCCGCGGCACCCUCAACUGGGGGGGGCUCUGGGGGGCCGGGGGAGCGACCGCGGGGAUGUCGGGGUCGGCGUUGGGCCACCGGGGUUGACAGGUGGCCGUGCCGGUUGGCACUCGGCCGUCAGGGUUGACGUGUGGCCACCGUGGUUGGUAUUUGGCCACCGGGGUUGGUGUUCACCAGGGUUGGCGCUCGGCCGUCAGGGUUGACGUGUGGCCACCGUGGUUGGUGUUUGGCCGCCGGGGUUGACGGGAGGGGCCACCA